GUAGAGGGAGAGAUAGGAGGAGGUAUGGAUAACCAGAUUGAAAAAGAGAGACAGAUAUAUAGGGACAUUGUUGGGUGAGAAUACAAGCAAUGGUAAAUAGCAAUUCGCACAUCAUGAAGAAAUUAAAAUGCCUAUGUAAAUAGAUUUGUGUAUUUCAAGAAAAAAUCUUAUGGAAAGCAUCUAUAUCUGGAAGACGAAGAUUUACUUCAAAUGUUUUUUCCUGCCUCUCUUCAUCAUGCUAAUUGCAUUCAGUUGUCUCUGAGCUUUUGCCCGCCCUGAAUGUCCAGAAAAUUCUCUAAAAUUCGUACAAAAUUGAAUUCAAAUUCCAAAAAUCAAUUACCCCAGCUUAGCAUUUAGUCCUUAAUUAGAUCACGUGGAAUUAAGUUAAAAUGUUACUAAAGCAGGUCAACUGCCUGGCCGCCUGACCGCCUGGCCGGCUGACCGACUGCGCCGUUGGCCGGACUGAGUGACAGCUGGGGUUCAGGCGAGCUUAAUUAGAUCUGCAUACCAAAUGUGGCAUGCAACACGGGCUUGCCCCGGAACAGGAGGCGCACGGGAACAGCGAAAGGAGUUCAGAAAGCCCAAAAGUGCUGAGCUGCGAACAUGCACUGCUUGGCACUGCUCUCCGCGUGUCUGUCCCUGGCCACGGCUGCCAACUGGAGGGAGAUGGCGAGUCCCAGUCCGAGUCCGUCCACUGUGGACAGCUACCAGGCCGAGCUGAAGCAGCUGCUGGAGCGGAUGCUGUGGCGGGCGCAGGUGCAGCGCUGCUUUGCCGUCAUCACGGACGACCUGCAUCUCGCCCUCUACGAUCGUAGGUACUUCGAGGCGGCGGGACGGAGUCCUCGACCCUUCUAUGUACUGCGAGUGAAUGCGAGCGAGAGCCUGAAUGAGCCACCCCGCCACUUGGAGCUCCUGCUGCAGUCCGUCAAGGCCAGCGACUGCGACCUGGUCGUGCUGACCCUGCUCAACGGCUGGCAGGCGAAGCAGCUGAUGAGGUUCCUCUACGUGAGUCGCGCCCUGGACAUGCAGAGCAAGUUCAUCCUGCUGCACGACGUGCGCCUCUUCGCCGAGGACAUGCUGCACGUGUGGAGCGUCUGCGUCAACGCCGUCUUCCUGCGCAGGCAGCAGGACAACAGCAGCUACAGCAUCUCAACCAUCGCCUUUCCCGGCAUCCUGAAUGGCGUUGUCGUGGUCAAGCAGCUGGCCACCUGGGAGGUGGGCAAGCGCAUUGAUUCAGCAAUCGUCUUCAAGGAUAAGACAAGGAAUUUACAAGGUGCUGAGCUCCCGGUGGCCAUAGCUGAGCACGUGCCGAUGGUGUAUUGGAAUAGGCCCACGAAUCGCUAUAAAGGCGUCGAGAUUGGCAUCGUGAAGGCCCUGGCCAAGGCGCUCAACUUUGAGCCGGUGUACUACGCCGUAAACGAGACUGAGGCGGGGGAAUGGGAGCAGUCAGCGCACUCGAACGAGACCCACUUGGAGAAGGGUCUAAUUGGAGAGCUGCAGGUGCGUCACCAGGCGCGCAUUGGCAUUGGGGAUCUGCACACGUUCCAGAGCUACGUGCAGCAUGUGGAGCUGAGCGCGCCACACAGCGUGGAGUGCCUGACAUUCCUCACACCCGAGUCGUCGGCAGACGAGUCCUGGCAGACCUUCAUACUGCCCUUCAGCGGCGGCAUGUGGGCAGGUGUGCUGCUCUCCCUAGUCGUCGUCGGCAGCAUCUUCUACCUGAUCAGCUACUUCAAUGCGCUGCUCACCUCCAGCAGCCAGGUGUCGUUCUUUCGCUGCCUGCGCCGCAAGCGAGUCGCCAAGCGGGAUCCCCUCUCCUGGCGGCGCUUGAGCUUUCGCAUCACUCUGGGUCGCGCUCGGCUCACGGAUGCUCCACAUCGCGACAUCUUCGACGACUACUCCAACUGCAUCCUGCUCACCUACAGCAUGCUGCUCUACGUGGCUCUGCCCCGCAUGCCCCGCAACUGGCCUCUGCGCGUGCUUACGGGCUGGUACUGGAUCUACUGCAUCCUCCUGGUGGCCACCUAUAGGGCGAGCUUCACAGCCAUCUUGGCUAACCCAGCAGCCAGCAUCACCAUAGACACGCUCAAGGACCUCAGUCGCGCUCGCAUCCCACCCACAACCGGAGCUGUGGAGAAUAAGCAGUUUUUCGUCGAGUCCAGCGACGAUGCGGCUCGCGAGGUGGGCGCACGCAUGGAAAUAGUAAAUAAUACGGAUGACUUGACCAAACGCAUCGCACGUGGUCAGUGCGCCUACUACGACAACGAGUACUACUUGAGGUAUCUGCGCACGUCGGGUGCUGCUAAGGGCGUGGCCACGGGCGCUUUGCACAUCAUGAGGGAGUGCGUUGUCCACAUGCCCGUUGUCCUCGCUCUCGAGAAGAACUCGGCGCUGAAGCCGCAUGUGAACAACAUAAUACAGCAUUUGUGUGAGGCAGGUCUCAUCUCUAAGUGGCUGCGAGACGCCAUCAUUCGUCUGCCCGCCGAGGAGCGAGCACCUCAGGAGGCGCUAAUGAAUCUGCAUAAGUUCUGGAGCUCCUUCGUGGCUCUGGGCAUCGGAUACCUGCUCUCCAUUGCCGUGCUGCUCGUGGAGCAGUGGCACUUCAGGCACGUCGUGAUGCAGCAUCCCAUAUACAACGCUCACAAUCCCAGUCUAUACUAUAACUUCAGGCGGCUCUAUCCAGAUGAAUAGCACAACGCAGUGCGGAAGAUUGAUGGCGACUUGUUUCGGAAUUUCUACAGCAUCCAAAUAUAUAUAAACGUAUAUAGAUACUCAUAUUUAUAUAUUUAGCAAUUAGAAACAUAUUGUUCUGUGCACUCAUAAAAAGAA